UCUUGCUGAGUCACAACUCACAACACGCCCUUCGCUGCUCCCACUGCUUGCAGGCUGAUGUCCUCUGCUGUUGCGGCAUCAUCGCAUCAAAGGGCCAGCUCGCCGGCGCGGCCAACAGCUGCACCGCCGCCAUGUCAAGCGAUCUCUCGGCGCGCUCGUCGCCUUCCUCCUCCACAACGUCGCCUUCCGGUGACGCGCGGCUUAGUGGAGACCAACUGCAGGAGACGACGCCGCAGCAGGGACUGGCGAACAACGCCGGCGGCAGGAGCCGCCGGGGUCGGCGGCAUCGGCGCGUGCUGCAGUGGCGCCUGGGCCUCGGCGGGCUCGGCGCGGCGUGGGCGCUGGACCCGCGGGCGAGGUGGGUCCGGGAGUGGAACCGCGCCUACCUCCUCGCCUGCGCGGCGGGGCUCAUGGUGGACCCGUUCUUCCUGUACACCGUGUCCGUGAGCGGCCCGCUGAUGUGCCUCUUCCUCGACGGCUGGCUGGCCGCCGCGGUCACCGCGCUGCGCUGCGCGGUGGACGCCAUGCACGUGUGGAACGUCGCGACGCAGCUCCGCCUGUGGCGCGAUGCGGCGCGGAACAAGCGCGCGGUGGACGGCAGCUCGGGCGACGAGGAGCACCAGGCGGCGGCCGCGGAGGAGGACGACGACGAGGAGGAGGCGGGCGCCGAGGCGCCGCGCAAGCUCCCGGCGGACGCGAGGUCCAAGAAGGCCUUGAUGCUGGACUUCUUCGUCAUGCUCCCCGUGAUGCAGGUGGUGGUGUGGGUGGCGGCGCCGGCGAUGAUCCGCGCGGGGCUGACGACGCCGGUGAUGACGGUGCUGCUGCUGGCGUUCCUGCUCGAGUACCUGCCCAAGAUCUGCCACGCGGUGCGCUUCCUCCGCCGGAUGCAGGGACAGUCCGGCUACGUCUUCGGCACCAUCUGGUGGGGCAUCGUGCUCAACCUCAUGGCCUACUUCGUCGCCGCCCACGCCGUGGGCGCGUGCUGGUACCUGCUCGGGGUCCAGCGGGCCAGCAAGUGCCUCCAGGAGCAGUGCCGGCUCCAGGCGGCCGGGUGCGCGCGCGGCGUGGUGGCCUGCGCCGCGCCGCUCUACUACGGCGGCGGCGCCCCCGCCGCGCCGGGCGGCGACAGGCUCGCGUGGGCCCGGAACGCCCAGGCCCGGGGCACGUGCCUCGCCAGCGGCGACAGCUAUCAGUACGGCGCGUACAAGUGGACGGUGAUGCUGGUGGCGAACCCGAGCCGGCUGGAGCGGGUGCUGCUCCCCAUCUUCUGGGGCUUGAUGACGCUGAGCACGUUCGGCAACCUGGAGAGCACGACCGAGUGGCUGGAGGUCGUGUUCAACAUCGUGACCAUCACGGGCGGCCUCGUCCUGGUCACCAUGCUCAUCGGCAACAUCAAGGUGUUCCUGAACGCGACCACCUCCCGGAAGCAGGCGAUGCACACGCGGCUCCGCGCCGUGGAGUGGUGGAUGCGGCGCAAGAACCUGCCGCGGGGCGUCCGGCAGCGGGUGCGCCAGUUCGAGCGGCAGCGGUGGGCCGCCACGCGCGGCGUGGACGAGUGCCAGAUCGUGCGCGACCUCCCCGAGGGCCUCCGCCGCGACAUCAAGUACCACCUGUGCCUGGACCUCGUCCGCCAGGUCCCGCUCUUCCAGCACAUGGACGACCUCGUGCUCGAGAACAUCUGCGACAGGGUCAAGUCCCUCAUCUUCCCCAAGGGAGAGACCAUCGUGAGGGAGGGUGACGUGGUGCAGCGGAUGCUGUUCAUCGUGCGGGGCCACCUGCGGUGCAGCCAGGAGCUCCGGAACGGCGCGACGAGCAGCUGCACGCUGGGCCCGGGCAACUUCAGCGGCGACGAGCUGCUGUCGUGGUGCCUGCGGCGGCCGUUCCGGGAGCGCCUCCCGACGGCGUCGGCGACGCUGGUGACGCUGGAGAGCACGGAGGCGUUCGGGCUGGACGCCGCCGACGUCAAGUACGUGACGCGGCACUUCCGGUACACCUUCGCAAACGACGCGGUGCGGCGCAGCGCGCGGUACUACUCGCCCGGGUGGCGCACCUGGGCCGCCGUCGCCGUGCAGCUGGCGUGGCGGCGGUACAAGCACCGCAAGACGCUGGCGUCGCUCUCCUUCAUCCGCCCGCGGCGGCCGCUGUCGCGGUGCUCGUCGCUCGGGGAGGAGAAGCUCCGGCUCUACACCGCCAUGCUCACCUCGCCCAAGCCCAACCAGGACGACGACUUCUAGGCCAGGCCAGGCGGCGUCCGGGCCUUCGAUCGAGGCUGGCGGCGUCAUGCAAUAAUACACGAGGCUGUAUUACGAAAUGGUACAUGCAUGUAUGUCAUCUCGUACUGAUGAACGAGACGUGUGUAGGCUGUCCUCGUCAGCUACUACUCGAGACUGGCGACGAGUUCAGAUGCCUAAUGCUAUUGGGGUCAUCACCACAUCACUGGGAGAGGGCAAGCUCACCGUGAAAUUAUGUACUCCAUUCUAAAAGAGUAAAUUGCAUCGUAGGUUCUCAAAUUUGUCCUGCAGUUUUACCUA